AUGGCAAGAAAAUAUUCAGGAUUUCUAGUAGUAUUUAUUGCAUGCCAUUACGUCUACACCAGCCUGUCACUGUCUACAAAAAGUGGAUAUACUUGUCGCCCUGGAACUGGUGAAAUACUAAUUCGAAGUUCAUUGCAUCUACACACUGAAACACCAACCAACAGUAACAGUAAAACAACUGACAACAAUGAAAUUCAGUAUUCAUCAAAACAAGGUGUGUUCACAUCACCUCAUUGGCCUAAAUCAUAUGAAUACGGUUCGCGUUGUGUAUACCGUUUUGUAGCAAACAUUGGUGAGAAGGUUCAUAUAAAAUUCGAUCAUUUCCUCUUAUCAGGAGGUAUGCCAAGUUGUUCAGUUGAUUUCCUGGAUGUAUAUAUUGAUGUCGCUUCAUCAACACUGGAUUUAGAUAGACAGACUGCAAUCUUUACACAGGUAUCUUCACCGUCUGUAACGGGUGAACAGCAGACAACAACACCUUUCUCAGCAGCUGUUUAUUCAUCUGUUUUGGAUAAAUCAGACUUAUUAGGUCGAUAUUGUGGCGAUUAUCUCUCGACUAACUCAAUCACAUUCAUCAGUUUACACAGAGAAAUUGUAAUCGACUUCUAUGCUGAACUUGAAAGAGCGGGAAAUCCCUGGUAUAUGACUGGGAAGUUAAGCAGUUACGGUUUCAAUGGAACAUUUGAGUUUAUUAACGAUGAAGCAUUUUAUCCUGGCAAAGCGAUUUCAUCAGCUGAAUUACCCAUACCUUUAGAAGAUGAUUUAACUACAUCCAUAACAGCCACUAGUAAGAGUGGAGGUAGUGUUGGUGUUCCUGCUUCCGUCGGUAGUAAUUGCCGUUUCCGUAUUGAAGCAGAACAUCUAGGGAAAUCAGUGACCGAUGGCAGUUUUCAUCCUAAUGGUCUUCUUUGUGCAUAUCAGUUAGUUGGUCUUCCACAUCAUCGAAUUCAUUUGGAUGUUCUGGAUAUAAGUUUGUACUCAGGAUCACCAGGAUGUCCGAAAGAUUUCAUUCAGUUUUAUGAUGGAUUUCAAAUCGACAAUACAAGUAUCAGUGAAAAUUCUAUUGGUCAACGUUUAUGUGAUACUUCAGAGCAUAAUAUGCAUAUUGUAUCUAGUGGGCCAAGUUUAGUCAUCUUGUUUGUAACUGGUCAAAUACAAUUAAGCCAUGUAAAUAGCAAUAAUGAGCAUAAUAUGAUGACAAAUAUUGUGAAUUCAAGUCGUCGAGGGGUUAGAUUACGCUACACGUUUACAAAAAAGUUACUACCCGUCAGUGAAAUACCUGGAGGUGAACAUAUUCGUGGAACAGAAUGUGACUAUCUAAUAAACCGCCAAGAUUCAAUGGAAAAGCAACUUGAAUCACCCACAAUGAAUAAUCAUUUUGUUUUAACACCGAACAGAGUAUGCAAUUUCAUUUUUAUCGGUGGUCAAUUCAAGCAUUUCAUUGAAACUGUUUCGAUUGGAUUUGAACGAAUUGAACUGCCAAAACCGAGAGAAGGAAGCAAUAUGUAA